AUGGAUAUAGAAGUAGAACAGUUAUUACGAUUGCACUUACAUCUCAAGCGAGACUUUACAAACGCAAUGGAACUUGAUACUCCGACGAUCAUAAUAAUAAGCGUGUUUAGCGCUGCAUGGCUGCUACUCUUCAUCCUGUGCCUGGUCCUCUUCAGUCAAGUAGCGAGCUUGCGUCGGAAAGUGACUGAUCUUAGUGCAAGCGGACGUCUGCGGGUUCAGAAGCUUACGAUGAGCCCAGACAGAAACCACGCGUUCCACAACCCCGGCCUGACUCCUGACGAGGAACUAACUCGUCGUGGAUACUCCAUGUACAAGGGUGCUGAUGAUGAUGUGGAAAGCGGCAGGGGAACUACAGAUCGGCAGACGGGCGGGCAGUUCUUAGAUGACCUGACGCGAGAGAUAGACCGACGCUCUGCGGCCAGCGCAGGCGCACCGCCUUUCCUACUCAACGGGAUAGAGGACAACAAGAAGACACGUAAUCCCGUUGCUAACGGACGGACGGAUGAACGACAAAAUGUCACAAAUUCUAAUUUUAUUUAU